UUAUUUUAUUAUUUAUUAUGAAAUUCAUUAUACUUUACCAUUUUAAAACAGUAGUGUUCGCCGGGAGGCGCUGAUUUUAAGAAGAUUGGUGGACGUGGAAGUUACAAAUUGUAGUCCAAGUACUUAAGAGAGAGAGAGAGAGAGAGAGAGAGAGAGAGAGAGAAAUUGGACCUUUAAAAGGAAAAAAACCAAGUGAAGAAAACUAGAAUCUAGAAUUUUAUUUUGGAAGAAGAUUGAGAGUUAUAAGCCAUGAAGCUGCAUCUUGCCAGCAAUGGAUGUCAGAAUCCCAAAUUUAAGAGCUUACUUCCAACCACCAUCAAAGCUUGCGCUCCUACUCAGGACCUUCAAGGCCAAUCCGUUGCUGUUGUUGGUUUAGGAAAAUCUGGAAAAGCUGCAACAAGGCUUGCUCUAGCUAGAGGUGCUUCAGUUGUAGCCGUUGACUGUAAUGAGAACUUGGGUUUGUUAGAGCAAGAUCCUCUUUUUGAGAUGCAUAGUGGAAGUUUGAGAACAAUCUUGGGAUACUUCGAUGAAGAGCUACUUAAUGGCGUGGACAGGGUGAUUGUGUCCCCUGGAGUUCCCUUGGACAACCAUGGUCUUUCCGCUUUGUUGCAUUCAGGAAAGCAGGUAAUGUCUGAGUUGGAUUUUGCAGCAGAAAUUCUUCCAAAAAGUGUCAAGAUUUUAGCAGUGACAGGAACCAAUGGAAAAUCAACAGUCGUUACUUUUGCUGGACAGGUUCUCUGUGAAUUGGGCAUUGAGGCAUUUGUUGGGGGUAACCUUGGAAAUCCACUCUCAGAAGCUGCUUUCCAAUGCAUAGCAUCACCUUCUUUAAAACCCAAGUUUCAGGUUGCAGUAGUCGAGGUUAGCAGUUACCAAAUGGAGAUUCCUAACAACCACUUCUGCCCUUCAGUUGCUGUAGUGCUAAACCUUACACCUGAUCAUUUAGAAAGGCACGGGACAAUGAGAAACUAUGCAGCGCUAAAAUGCCGGUUAUUUUCUCACAUGUCCCAUCCCAGGCUGGGGCUUCUUCCAUUCGGUAACGAGCAUUUGAAUGAAGCAAUUGCAGAACACAUGGAUGAACUAAAUCUUGCUUGGAUAGGAGCCUAUCCUGGUGUUAAAAUUGAUUCCGAAGCAAAAGUUUCAAGUUUUGAAGUUCCUGCAGUGGGGGUUGUUUCUCAACUACAGUUGGGUGCAUUAAAAGCGAUGGGGACACACAACUAUCAAAAUGCUGCAGUGGCUGCAUUAUCUAUUAUUGGUCUGAAUGUUGGAGUUGAUAUUGAAGCUAUAGGUUCAACUAUUGAAAAAUUAAGACCACCCCCACACCGGAUGCAAAUUGUAUACAAGGAUGUCCAUGGGGUUACUUGGGUGGAUGACAGCAAGGCAACUAAUGCUGAAGCAACAUAUGCAGGAUUAAUGGGUCUAAGAAGACAAAAGUCUGUGAUUUUACUUGGUGGAGUUGCAAAGGUCUUAGAUGGAUUAGAAUCUAAUGGUUUUGAACAGUUGGUCGAACUGCUUAAUUACCAUAGAUGCGUAAUCACUUUUGGGACUUCGGGGACACUCAUUCAGACAACAUUGUCCAAUAAUGGGCUUAGAAUUCCCUGUAUUAGAGCUGCAAAUCUGAAGAACGCAGUCAGCUGUGCUAGGACGAUCUCAAAACCAGGGGAUGCUGUGGUAUUAAGCCCAGGAUGUGCAAGCUUUGAUGAAUUCAGAAAUUUUGAGCACAGAGGGAUGGUUUUUCAGGAGCUGGCUCGCUCAUUAUAAUAAGAUUUUUAAUCUGUUUUCUAUGGAUACAGUAUUUUCAUCUUUGCCAUUUGCGAGCAUGGAAUAAUAUGUCCAGUCCAGGUGAAUUGUGGGCUUUAGAGCAUGAGCAUCUCCUAUGUUAGAUGUCGCAAGUAUAAAAUUAGCAAACUAUGAAAAAGCAUUAAGAGAUGGAAAUGUUGGAAAAGAUAGGGUGCAACUCUACCUAAAAGUCUUAGAAACAAAUUGGGUUCAGUUAAUCCACAUGGCUUCUCUAAUGGUUCCCCACUUGGUAUUUUCGAUCGGUGUGACAUGGAAGAAAGCAAGAAGAAGAAGAAGAAAGAACAUUGAAUGGGGGUGAUGCUGAGGUUGCCAUAGCCCAUGCAAUUCAAAGAGAUUUGUUCAAAAUGGGUGAUGCUGAAAAAAAAAUUAAAAAAAAAAAUGCCAAGUAUUUAAAAAUGCAAUUACAAGGAAUAUGAGAUCGUUGAAAUCUGAUUCUUUCCCAAUUUUAAAUACGUAGUAGAAAAAUUAUAUUUAAGGAUAAGAAAAAUAUUGUAAAUGAGAAUGUAGAAAUUCUUGUAAGCCGGAUCAGAUAAGAUUUUAUGUGUUCUUUUUUGUGUU